CGGAGCUUUUUCAGCCGCUGUUGGUUGCUGCUAUCCCCGGCUAACAAUCAGAGGGCGUCCUUCUUUCUCUGCGCACACAAACAAACAACCAAACAAUAAAAUGCCACGAAUAUAAAUGAAGACAUUUGAAGGAGCGAGGAGCGGAUUCAGUUUUCCUCCCAGCUGAAGUUUGACCACAUCACUGUGACCUCAGACUUUUGGAGCAACUCGUUAUUGGAGGCUAACUUGAACAUACACGAUCUGUUGCUACAGCACCUUUGGCACUAAGAGGAAAAUUUAGAACAAUCAUGAGCACCCAUGAGUCAGACGUGCACACCUUCUCUCCGGAGCUGCCUGCCAUGUUUGAUGGCAUGAAGCUUGCAGCGGUGGCCACAGUUCUUUAUGUCAUCGUCCGCUGCUUGAACCUCAAGAGCCCCACCGCUCCCCCGGACCUCACGUACCAGGACACUCCCCUGAGCCGCUUCCUUCUCAAGUCCUGUCCCCAGCUGACCAAAGAAUACAUUCCUCCCCUGCUAUGGGGUAAGAGUGGUCACCUCCAGACAGCACUGUAUGGUAAACUUGGACGGGUGAGUGCUCCUCACCCAUGUGGAAUCAGGAAGUAUUUACCCAUGCAGGAUGGAGCCACUGCAACAUUUGACCUCUUUGAGCCACUGGGGAACCAUCGACUAGGAGAUGACAUCACCAUGGUGAUAUGCCCUGGUAUUGGUAACCACAGUGAGAAGCAUUACAUCAGAACAUUUGUGGAUUAUGCACAGAAGGAAGGUUAUCGCUGUGCUGUGUUGAACCACCUGGGAGCUCUUCCCAACAUUGAGCUCACGUCGCCACGAAUGUUCACUUACGGAUGCACAUGGGAGUUCGCAGCCAUGGUGGGUUAUAUUAAGCGGGCAUAUGCUCAGACCCAGCUGAUUGUGGUUGGCUUCAGUCUGGGUGGAAACAUAGUUUGCAAGUUCCUGGGGGAGAACAAGAUGAACCAGGAGCGAGUGCUGUGUUGUGUCAGCGUUUGCCAGGGUUACAGUGCUCUCAGGGCCCAGGAAACAUUCCUACAGUGGGAUCAGUUCAGACGCUUCUAUAACUUUCUCAUGGCUGACAACAUGAAGAAAAUCAUCCUCUCACACAGACACAGUCUGUUUGGAGGAAGCUCAGGUCAAAUGUUGUUUGCAGAUCUUGGUCGGCUAUUCACAGCAACGUCCCUCAUGCAGAUUGAUGAAAGCAUCAUGAGGAAAUUCCAUGGCCACAGCUCUCUCAAAGAGUACUAUGAGAAGGAGAGCUGUGUUCAUUAUAUUCACAAUGUAAAUGUGCCACUGCUGCUGGUGAACUCCGCAGAUGAUCCUCUGGUUCACGACUCUCUGCUUAAAAUCCCUCACACGUUAGCUGCAAAGAAGUCGAAUGUGAUCUUUGCCCUGACACUACACGGAGGCCACCUGGGCUUCUUCGAAGGUGCCGUGCUCUUUCCUCAGCCGCUCACCUGGAUGGACAAAGUGAUCGUUGGUUACGCCAAUGCCAUUUGCCAGUGGGAGAAACAGAAACCGCCGUGCCAAAGUAGUGAGAGCUCCUGAGCAGAGGGGGUGGGGGGAAAAAAAAACCUCUGACGUGACCUCUGUGUCUCUCUCAUUCUUUCUCUCCCCUCUCACCUUUUCCAACAUUACUGUCCCAGCACUGAGGAGACACCUGAAAACUGCUCUCUCUUCUCUGCCUUCUCCUCUGGUGCUACUCACUGCUACUGACCCACACUUUUUCAAGCCUUCACCACAGUUUUCCUUUGUAAACACCAUCACCUUAUGUACCACAGUAUGUCAAGGAACACAAAACGACAAACUGCCUUUGUGGUUGUUCCCGUUUGUGAGAACUCGAUCAUGUACAUAACAAUGAUCCUUGGCUAACGGAGGCACUGACCAAAUACGAUGCGGGAUGAAGUUAGGCUGAGAUCAGAAUUGUGAGCCUCACUCCAAAUAAUUCAGUGAAAAACAAGAGCACACAAGAAGCCUCCUUUUUAACUUAAAUUCAAACUGUGCUGCAGAAGGUGUCCAUUUAUCACACCUUUUUCAAGAAGCUCACUGCUUAUCACCGCCAAGGCCAUAUAGCCUAUUGUCUGCUGUCUUUAACCAACACAGCGUCUUUGUAGUAUGUAUGUAACUCACAGAUGUAGUUUAUGUCUGUGUGCCCGUGUAGACGGAGAGUGUCGGAGCAUGUGAUCCUCGUGUUGUGUUCAUCGUCCGAUGGCCCUUAUUUCGUCUUCUUUUUGGGUGAACUGUUGCUCUGUGGUUUGUAGAAGAUAAAAAGAUCAGUAGAAGAGUUAAUUGUUAGGUGGAAUUUUGUAUACAUUACCUCCAGUUCAUGGCCGCGGUCUGGCAGUUACGCUUGACUCCUGAAAUGAAAGCGUUCAGUGCUUUUCAGACAUGACCACACGGGAUUCAUACACAUUCCCUCGGUCACAUUCUAUCACUUUGAUUCAGUGCACUUUAAAGCAUAUUAUGCCACAACCUUUUUCUUUUAGUUUUUAACUUAUACAUGGAUAUGUAGGUAAUACUGAAAGGAUAGAUGACCGGGAUGUUCCCUGUGUUAUCCAUCAGCUGUGUUUUUGAGCCCUCCUUCUCUUUUGUCUGCCUGUGUGCAGCUGCAGCUCCUGCCAAAAAAAACAACCCAUCUGAUAUCUUCAUUUUACUGCACAAACACGGAUGUGCUGCUAACACACAGACCAACACCACAAUUGUGCACACUUAAUUUAAUUCAAACAUCUACUGUAAGGGAAAUUUAGCAUUUUCUAGAAGAUGAUCCUGUAGUCUUUUUAUAUCUAUAUAAGUGAAGGGAAAAUUUAGCAGUGUGAAGAUUUGAAUCUGAUAAUCUGAGCUAUGAGGUGUGAUGAGAAGGAGGGUUGAAGAUACAAAUGCUGAACCCAAAUCUUAAUUUCAGAGGAUUGUCCUGGUGAUUUGUUAUAUUUGUAAUAAUGAGAUGGAGAAGAGGACACUGCAUGCACGAAAAAGAAAUAACCGAUUUGACUGCAAGGGAUUAUUUUUGUUUGAUAGCUCAGUCAGGAAAACAGGAAAGGGUUUCCAAUCCUGACACAUCCUGAGAACACCAGUGCAGACUUGUGCAGUCAAUACUUAAAACUGGUCACAAACCUGUUUUGACUUUGACCUGUGGACUAUUUCAAAGCCUGACUCCGACUGAGAACCUGUUGCAAACCUCCUUGUAAGGGCUUAUAAAGCUUCUUCCGCAGCAGUCACGCCAAGUAAAAUCUCUAAAACCUGAACUGAACACUGUGAUGAGACAGAUGAACGGUUGGAUUCAAGCUUCUUGGUGUCAAGCCAAGGUUUGUUUUCCUAUAAGAAUUGGGAAAUAGUGGCAUUUAUUCCAGUAGCAGGCAGUUUUGUUUAUCUCGAGGAGUGUAGUAUAUUCUAAACACUAUCAAAUUCAAAGCAUUAAACUGAUUCUGUCCACGUGUUGCAUCCUCCUGGUCACAGAGUAUUCAUCCUCAACUUGUAGUUGUUUGGGUUGUUGAGAAAGUGGCAUUACUGUAUGUAGUAGUAGUGAAUAUUAUCACUACCGAAAUCCUAUGUUGUCGGGCCCAAACUCCGUUUAUCCAGAUCUUUUGGUUUUGAUGCAGUAAUCGUCAUUACAUGUGUGAUAAUAUUUUGAAAUCCAGACAAACACUGAUCAUCACCUCACCUUCACUGUGUGUUACUGUAAGGCCGCCGCCUGCAGUUAUUGCAUUAAUGAAGCAAAAAGUUGAAACACUGAAUUGAAUCGUUGACUUUGAAACUCUUUUUAUUUGCAAUCAGGGACUUCAUGGCAGAGCAUUUGGUUCUGUGGCUGUUGUGUUAGUUACCUCCCACCAUGGGGGCCAUUUUUGCUUGUCUGACUGAGCAGAUUAAAUCAAAGUCACAGACAGAUUUGGAAUAUUCCAGGGAUGAGAUAAAGGGAAGUGUAUUGACAUGGUGGAAAACUGAGUGUUUCCUUCCAGUUACACAGUCUACAUUUCUCUGUCUUUGCUUUCCUCUCCCUCGUCUCUGCAUUGAUCACUGUUGCCAUCUGUUGUCAGGGAGACCCAACUACAACUGCCAGUCGUUCAUGACGAACCCUCUCUGAUUCACACUCGGCUUAUUCAGUUCACGGAUCACACACUCACAGUCCACAGCUUUCAUUUCGACACUGGCAACAAAUGGUGUUGUCUGGUUUCAUUCUGGCUUCUGAUGACACCAGCACAAACCCAGUUUUCUGCAGUGAUGGUUUUCCCCCAGUUUUGCACAAACAGGCAGGUUUAGAUGUAUUAUUUGGAUGUAUUUUUUUUAAUAGUCUAAGUAUUUGUGUAUUUUUUCUUUUUUUUUGUAUUUUGUAUUGUUUUUACGUCUUUUGUGUUGCAGUAAGGUGAGUGUUGAUGAGUGAAACACGCAGUAAGUGUGUGUCAUAUCACCAAUGCUGUUCAACAAAAAAAACUAAACUUAUUCACUUUAUGAAAAGAAAACUAAGUAAAAAUAGGCAUAUUUAAAGAGUUUAUUAAACUAUUGAAGGGACCAGGUGUUACAAUUUAAGGCAAUAACCAACCAGGACAGAUUGUGUUUCAUUUUAAUACUUGUGUGACAAAGUGUGUCAGACCAAAACUUCCCAUACAAUGUUCUCAUGGAUGUGGCAUCUGACGUGUGUUUUACAUGUGCUCCUCUUUUAUCCAGUGCUGCAAGCAGUCUUUCUCACCGUGGGCUCAAAUGACCUCAACAAAUGAAUCCAAACAAAUACACCGUGGUUAUUUUUCAGUUAAGAUUGAAUCUAGGCUAAAGCAGCAGGUUGAGGAGCCCAGGGUGUGAAAAUGACUAGCUUUUUUACGGCUUUAAUUUUGUGUUUACAAACAUUAUGAUGCUGAAAGACGAUUAAGGGACGUGGAGUGCACAUUGUCACACAACAUAACAUACUCUGAUUGAGCACUGGGUGUUUUUGUGGAAGAAAAACCAGUGGUGUGUAUGAUCUAAUUAUGAGAGAAAAUAAGGUUAUUGUGUUCCAAAAUAAAUUAUUUUCUCAAUAGAAAAA